AUGAAAGAUGACUGGGGUCAAUGGAGCCAGUGGAACCACCAGGCCAUGGGCCCCCCGGGGCCGCCAGCUGGCCCUUCUCCUUUCCCGGCCCCGGUGCUGCAGAUGAUGAGUCUCGCAAGCUGGCCGUCGAUGGUUUCUAACAUGAUGCUCGGCCACCCUCUCCCCAACCCCCAGGGGGAGCAAGCUGAGCAUGAAGAGAAGAGAUACGAUGGCACGGUGAAGUGCUUUUAUGGUGAGAAGCACACAGGCCAUGGCUUCAUCUUUUGCCCAGAGAUCUACAACCGCACCGGUCAAGAUGUGUAUUUGCAUGCACGGCAAGCACACCGGUGUGAAGUGGGGGAUGAGGUUAGUUUCACAGUGGUCUUCAAUUCCAGACGAGAGCCGCAAGCUCGAUCCGUCGUGAAGAAAGAGGAGGAAGGAAAAUUCCUGUCGAAGAAGCGGGAGGAAGCCGAGAGACAAGCGAACGCCUUGCAGAUGAAGCGGCAAAGGCCGAGCAUGAGCUCCGCUUCGGCCUCCUCCGCCACCGGGGCCUCGACCUCCGAGGCUGUGAUGACGGAAGAGCAGGCCCGGAAGUUCCAGAAGUCCCUCCAAAAGGGAAGGUGA